AAAGACAGGACUGGACUGAAACGUCGCGAAACCACAGUAUCACUUCAUUGAACCGAAGUAAUUUUAUGUGCUCUUCAGUUAAACUGUGGUGAAGGUGGUGAAUAACCUCUCCAGCUGGUAUACCAGUGGAUGCUCGUAGCUUUCUUAUGCGGUGUGGCUAGUCACUAUAUUUAAUUCGUGGAAAUCGAAAUUCGAUGUGUAUUGCCAAUAAAGCCAUGUGCAGUAUAUAAUCUGAACGAUCUGAACGGGGACAGUGUGCUAUUUUUGGAUAAGCAAGAAGUUGAGGUUACGUUAACCUUGUUUUGAGCUAUCAUAAAUGUAUUGAAUGUUAGGAUUGGAUUGUGAGCACAUGAAGCAGAGCCCCAAGGAAGAAGCUUUCAUAACGGUUGGUGAAGAGACGCUCGUAAUCUGUGUAAUGGAUUAUCUUGUAGGUUCCUGAUAUUCAUUAUCAGUAGUUGCUACAGUCAUGUGACAGCAGAUGUAUUUCCUGCUGACCAGAUCAGCGCCACCGCUGUAUUUGUAUCUGUGAUAUAAGGAACGUGGGAUAUAGUGUGCUUGAUACUAUGGGAUGCUUAUUGCAAAUGAGACUGCAAACUCUGCUGUGGUGCACUGGCAGUGUGAUAGUAGUGGUGCUUCUCGUACAGCUUCUUAUUCAGAUCUACAGUGAAGAUGUAUAUCCACAUGAAUUCUUCCAUCAUGAGUACAGUGACAAUGAGAGCAUUCAAGAUGUGCAAGACCCUAUAGUUUUAUGGUGGACACCGUUCACAGGUCAAAAAGGGGCAAUCAAACACUGUGGGGCUGUGAAGUGCUUCUUUACAGAAGACCGAAGAUACAGGAGCCAUAAUUUAACAAAAGCUUUAAUGUUCUACGGAAGCCAGUUUGACCUGAUAGAUCUUCCACUUCCGCGGGAUGGCCUGCAUCAUGACUGGGCUCUGUUACAUGAGGAAUCACCCAAGAACACUCCAGCACUCUCUCACUUAGAGGCACUGGAGAUGUUCAAUGUAACAGCCACGUUUAGCCGUUUCAGUCACUUCCCACUCACACUCCAGUACCUGAAGAGUGCAGAUGUUCUAACCGAUCUUAAAUAUUUUGUUCCUGUAGAAAGGAAAAAUGAGCUGCUUUCAGAACUGGCACCUGUGCUCUACGUCCAUUCUGACUGCAGCACUCCCCUGGAAAGGGAUGCAUAUGCAACAGAGCUGAUGAAAUACAUUCCUGUUGACUCAUAUGGGAAGUGUGUACAGAAUAGGCAUCUCCCAGAACAUCUAGCGGACCCAAUGGAGAGCAUGGAUUCUGAUGAAUUCUUUCACUUUGUGGCACGUUAUAAAUUUACGCUGUCAUUUGAAAAUGCUGUGUGUGAUGACUACAUCACUGAAAAGCUCUGGAGGCCCCUGGUGGUAGGAUCUGUCCCUAUUUAUAUGGGAUCUCCUUCUGUUAGGGACUGGCUGCCUAAUAACAACUCUGCAAUUUUAGCAAUGGACUUCAGAUCACCAAAAGAAUUAGCACAAUAUUUGCAUGUUCACAACAGUAAUAUUACUAAAUAUAAAUCUUUCUUGAAACAUAAACUUGGAGCGAAAGGUGAAAAAGUCACUAACAAAAGACUCACCAGUGCUCUUGAAACACGUAAAUGGGGAAUUGAUAAUGAUUUUGAGAAAGGAAAUUUUAUUGAACAUUUUGAAUGUUUUUUAUGUGAGCAUGAGCAUAAGAAAUUGAAUGGUCAGAGAACCAGAUUGUCAAGUAUCAGUGAAGCCCAUUAUGACUGCCCAAUUCCAGUUUCUCCACUCACAAAUACAGUAAACAGAGAAAAUUGGUGGGUUGAUCAGUGGCAUAUGGGUAAGUGUGAAGCCAGAGUACUGAGACAUUUUGUUGAAAUAGGUAACACAGAAUAUAAAUACCAUGAAUUGUAUGACAAAGUAAAUAAUAUGUUCUUGAAUAAGGCAUGUUGAUAUAAACUCAAUUAUGGUUUGAAGAAAUAACCAUAAAGUUGUUACAGAUGCAAAUAAUCUCAUGUUUGUGAUAUCAGAAACAAAAUAAAUGUUAUUUUGGGGUGGGGGGGGCUUCUGGGUUAAGACACAAUGUUCUCUGCUAGAUGAUUACCAGCAUUUUGGAUGGAUCUGCUGUCUCAGCUUUCAGGUCAUUUUCUAAAGAUCAGUAUCAUAACACAGAAGACCACAAUCUAAAUCUGUCUUGAAAACCUCUCAAAAAAGGUUUCUCUGGCCAGCAGUCGUAUAAUAUAACCAUAAAUUCUGUACCUUCAGGUGUAACUCACAGUCAUGUGCGUUUUCAGUAGUAGACUGAGGUACCCUUCCAAAUGGCAGUUGAAACUGAUAUUUUGCAUCUUAAAUUCCUGAAAGAGUUGAUAGGAGUUGAGGUUUGUGAUACAAAAUUAAACUCAUUCUAAAAAUUUCAUCAUAACAGUUACUAGAAAAGGAUCUGAAUUGGAGUUAUGGCUAUUAAUCUAUGAAGUAGGAAGUUACGUACACGCAACUAAAAUGAAACCCAGUCUCAGCACAUUUUUAUAUUAAUUUUAUAAUGUAUAAUUUAUUCUUUGGAGUACUAUGCAUAACGCUGCCAAACUAGUAAAUAAGUGCAUAUGCAAUUGAAAGUAGUGCUAGUUCCCCACUUAGACAGUUGAAAUUAUUUCUGCUGUACAGAUUUUGUUACCAUGUGUUAAUGUAAUUUAUGUAUAUAAUUGUUUUUAAAUUAGCUCCAUGAAAAGUUAACAAUAUUUUUAAUAUUAGUACCCAUUGUAAGUAAAUAUUACCUUGCAUUAGAGCACUUCAGUGAGCUGUUCAUGUUUCCUUGUUCAAAUGUAGGAGAAAAGUUAAUUAGGGACAGGAGAACAAAGUCUUGAAUUUUUAUAUAUAGUACUUUAAUGCCCAUUUUAUCUGUGAUUGUCUUGUGACUGACAAGUUUUAUAUUCAGUGCCGGUUGCACGCUUAUGAAUACUCUGAAACGCUGAUGUAUGUAUGUAUGUAUUGAAAAUUCAGUGGAAAAUCUGUUCAUUCAUUA